CACAUACGCUGCACCUGCUGCCCGCCAGACCCCACCCCAGUGCAGGAGACGCCGAGAUCUCCACGUCGGCGGCCCCGGGGCGCACGCGAUCUCCGACCCGAUCUCGGCGUACGGAGCCACGACCCGGCGCGUGUGCUUGCAUGGGAACUGGGGUGCGAUCAUACGAGGUUGGGCGUGGCUGUGGGUGGAGAGUGCAGACUAGGGAGCGCGCGCGGGUCCGGUCAAAACAUGCAGCUUAUAGCCAUCACGUUGUUCAACGAACCUGCCCCGAAGCAAGCAGCCCCACUUUGAUCCUCCUCCUACUAAUAAAGCCGUCGAACAACCACCAGCUCGAUCCCCCUUUCCAUCGCGUGCAGGUGCAGCCUCCUUCCUCCCCCAGAAGCACAAUCCAUUGCAGCCUCCCGACCUCCUCCGUCCAGGCCGCGGCUACGAGUUCGUCCGACUCACCGGAGGGUUCCAUCUAAUCGUUGGAGAAAGCAGACGUCGAUCGCGCGCUAUACAAUCCUUGCUUACAAGAUGGACAGAAGAGCGGGGAGGAGGAGCUCUGCUCACCAUAGCCGAAUGCAGACGCCGGUGGAGCAGAAGCCGCCGCAGCAGCAGCAGCAGGGCCGCGGGGGGUCGAGGAGCAGCCAGAGAACGCCGCCGCCGCCGGGCUGCUUCACCAUCCAGCUGCUUAUGGUGUUCCUCUGGGUGGCCGCGUCGCUCGCCUUCCUGCCGCUCGUGCUGCCGCCGCUGCCCCCGCCGCCGCUCUCGCUGCUGCUCGUGCCCGUGUGCCUGCUCGCCGUCCUCGCCGCGCUGGCCUUCGUCCCGCUCGAUGCCCACAACAACGUCGUCGGUGGCGGCUCGUCUUGUUUGUGGAGAUAGAGAGGCUGCAUUUUUCUUCUCCGUGUCGGUCAGAGCUAAGCUGUAGCUGUUUCAGAUCUAGACUCUAGUACAAACUGCGAGCCUUUUUUUUUUAAAGUUUAGAAUCAGGAUUGAUUAACAGAGGGCUACUUUUUGGCUUUGUAAUUACUUGGAUUCCGGCAAUGUGAAUUCAUCUCACGAAUUCAUGCUUAUCAAAGAAUGAUUAUGUGGAA